GUUCCCUAGUCCAGAUCCUCAUUACCUCACCCCCAGACUGCUGUGGCAGCCCAGAUCAUCUUACUCAAGACCAGUCUCUGUCCACUGUGCCACUAUGCAUCAGGUAUGGCCUCACAUGUGCAAGUUUUCUCCCCUCACACCCUUCAAUCAAGUGCCUUCUGUAGUGUGAAGAAACUGAAAGUAGAGCCGAGUUCCAACUGGGACAUGACUGGGUACGGCUCCCACAGCAAAGUGUAUAGCCAGAGCAAGAACGUACCACCUUCUCAGCCAGCCACCACAACCGUCAGCACCUCCUUGCCCAUCCCGAACCCCAGCCUACCUUACGAGCAGACCAUCAUCUUCCCAGGAAGCACCGGGCACAUAGUCGUAACAUCAGCAAGCAGCACCUCUGUCACUGGGCAGGUCCUCGGCGGACCCCAUAACCUAAUGCGUCGAAGCACUGUGAGCCUUCUUGAUACCUACCAAAAAUGUGGACUCAAGCGGAAGAGUGAGGAGAUUGAGAACACAAGCAGCGUGCAGAUCAUCGAAGAGCAUCCACCCAUGAUUCAGAAUAAUGCCAGCGGGGCCACUGUAGCCACUGCCACCACAUCGACUGCCACCUCCAAAAACAGUGGCUCCAACAGUGAGGGCGAUUAUCAGCUAGUCCAGCAUGAGGUGCUGUGCUCCAUGACCAACACGUAUGAAGUCUUAGAGUUCCUGGGCCGAGGGACGUUUGGGCAAGUGGUCAAGUGCUGGAAACGGGGCACCAAUGAGAUCGUGGCCAUCAAGAUCCUGAAGAACCACCCGUCCUAUGCCCGGCAGGGUCAGAUUGAAGUGAGCAUCCUAGCCCGCCUGAGCACCGAGAGCGCCGACGACUACAACUUCGUCCGGGCCUACGAGUGCUUCCAGCACAAGAAUCACACGUGCUUGGUCUUUGAGAUGCUGGAGCAGAACCUCUAUGACUUUCUGAAGCAGAACAAGUUCAGCCCUUUGCCCCUCAAGUACAUUCGCCCCGUCCUCCAGCAGGUAGCCACAGCCCUGAUGAAAUUAAAGAGCCUGGGUCUGAUCCAUGCCGACCUCAAACCAGAAAACAUCAUGCUGGUGGAUCCAUCUAGACAGCCGUACAGGGUGAAGGUCAUCGACUUCGGGUCGGCCAGUCACGUGUCCAAGGCUGUGUGUUCCACCUACCUGCAGUCCAGAUAUUACAGGGCCCCCGAGAUCAUCCUUGGUUUACCAUUUUGUGAGGCGAUUGACAUGUGGUCCCUGGGCUGUGUCAUUGCAGAGCUGUUCCUGGGCUGGCCGCUGUAUCCGGGCGCUUCAGAGUAUGAUCAGAUUCGGUAUAUUUCACAAACACAGGGUUUGCCAGCUGAAUAUUUAUUAAGCGCAGGAACAAAGACAACCAGGUUUUUCAACCGUGACACAGACUCGCCGUAUCCUUUGUGGAGGCUGAAGGUACCCGAUGACCAUGAAGCAGAGACGGGGAUUAAGUCAAAAGAAGCCAGGAAGUACAUUUUCAACUGUUUAGAUGAUAUGGCUCAGGUGAACAUGACCACAGAUUUGGAAGGCAGCGACAUGUUGGUGGAAAAGGCAGAUCGGCGGGAGUUCAUCGACCUGCUGAAGAAAAUGCUGACCAUAGAUGCUGAUAAGAGAAUCACUCCGAUCGAAACCCUGAACCACCCCUUUGUCACCAUGACACACUUACUCGACUUUCCCCAUAGCACACACGUCAAAUCAUGUUUCCAGAACAUGGAGAUUUGCAAGCGUCGGGUGAAUAUGUACGACACGGUGAACCAGAGCAAAACCCCUUUCAUCACGCAUGUGGCCCCCAGCACGUCCACCAACCUGACCAUGACCUUCAACAACCAGCUGAACACUGUCCACAACCAGGCUCCCACCUCCACCAGUGCCACUAUUUCCUUAGCCAAUCCCGAAGUCUCCAUACUAAACUACCAAUCUGCACUCUACCAGCCCUCAGCGGCAUCCAUGGCUGCAGUGGCCCAGCGGAGCAUGCCCCUGCAGACGGGAACAGCGCAGAUCUGUGCCCGGCCUGACCCCUUCCAGCAAGCUCUCAUCGUGUGUCCGCCCAGCUUCCAAGGAUUGCAGGCCUCUCCCUCUAAGCAUGCUGGCUAUUCCGUGCGAAUGGAAAAUGCUGUUCCCAUUGUCACCCAAGCCCCAGGAGCUCAGCCUCUUCAGAUCCAACCAGGUCUGCUCGCCCAGCAGGCCUGGCCAAGUGGGACCCAGCAGAUCCUGCUUCCCCCGGCGUGGCAGCAGCUGACUGGAGUGGCCACCCACACGUCAGUGCAGCAUGCAGCUGUGAUUCCUGAGACCAUGGCGGGCACCCAGCAACUGGCCGACUGGAGGAACACACAUGCUCACGGCAGCCAUUACAAUCCUAUCAUGCAGCAGCCUGCGCUGUUGACUGGUCAUGUGACCCUUCCGGCAGCCCAGCCUUUAAACGUGGGCGUGGCCCACGUGAUGCGGCAGCAGCCAACCAGCACCACCUCCUCCCGGAAGAGUAAGCAGCACCAGUCCUCUGCAAGAAACGUCUCCACCUGUGAGGUGUCCUCCUCUCAGGCCAUCAGCUCCCCUCAGCGGUCCAAGCGUGUGAAGGAGAACACACCGCCCCGCUGCGCCCUGGUGCACAGCAGCCCAGCCUGCAGCUCCUCUGUCACGUGCGGCUGGGGCGACGGGGCCUCCAGCACCACCAGAGAGCGGCAGCGGCAGACGAUUGUCAUCCCCGACACCCCCAGCCCCACGGUCAGCGUCAUCACCAUCAGCAGCGACACAGAUGAGGAGGAGGAACAGAAGCACGCCCCCACCAGCACUGUCUCCAAGCAGAGGAAAAACGUCAUCAGCUGUGUCACAGUCCACGACUCUCCGUACUCUGACUCCUCCAGCAACACCAGCCCCUACGCCGUGCAGCACCGCGCCAGUCACACCACCACCUUUGACACCAAGGGGGGCCUGGAGAAUCACUGCACUGGGAACCCCCGAACCAUCAUCGUGCCACCCCUGAAAACCCAGGCCAGCGAAGUGCUGGUGGAAUGUGACAGCCUGGUGCCAGUCAACACCAGUCACCACUCAUCCUCCUACAAGUCCAAGUCCUCCAGCAACGUGACCUCCACCAGCGGUCACUCUUCAGGGAGCUCGUCUGGAGCCAUCGCCUACCGGCAGCCGCGGCCAGGACCACAUUUCCAGCAGCAGCAGCCUCUCAACCUCAGCCAGGCUCAGCAGCACAUCGCCGCGGACCGCGCCGGGAGCCACCGACGGCAGCAGGCCUACAUCACCCCCACGAUGGCCCAGGCUCCGUACUCCUUCCCGCACAACAGCCCCAGCCACGGCACUGUGCACCCCCACCUGGCUGCCGCCGCCGCCGCCGCCCACCUCCCCACCCAGCCCCACCUCUACACCUACACGGCGCCCGCGGCCCUGGGCUCCACCGGCACCGUGGCCCACCUGGUGGCCUCCCAAGGCUCGGCGCGGCACACCGUGCAGCACACUGCCUACCCGGCCAGCAUCGUCCACCAGGUCCCCGUGAGCAUGGGCCCCCGGGUCCUGCCCUCGCCCACCAUCCACCCGAGUCAGUAUCCGGCCCAGUUUGCCCACCAGACCUACAUCAGCGCCUCUCCAGCCUCCACCGUCUACACUGGAUACCCACUGAGCCCCGCCAAGGUCAACCAGUACCCUUACAUAUAAACACUGGAAAGGGGAGGAGGAGGGGGGAGGAGGCGGGAGGCGGGGCCUCGGUGGGAGCUGGGCUUUUUAUACUGAAGACACCGCACAGAAAAUGCAAACGGGGCAGGGGAGGGGGAAUGGGGGCAGGGACGGGACACAAACGAAACUUGAACUAGGAAGUGGGAGGACUUAGAGCAGAGAAGAGAACAUUUUAAAAAGGAAGGGAUUCAGGAGGGGUGGUGGGGGGGGAAUCUAUGCUUUUUAUUUUUAAAAAGAAAAAGGUAAAAAAAGAAAACGUCAGUAACAAAAAAACACAGCUCACGAACCCAUUCUGCGCCAAACUGGAAAGGAGGAGAAGAGCAACAGAAGAUUCUGGAAGUGGGAGGGGGCCCAGUUUUUGAAGAACUUUAUGAACUUUUCAAAGAUUAUUUUCAUAUGGCAGCAAGUGACAUUUAAGAAUUUGCUGUCUGGGGGACACCUGAUAUGAAAUCCAAUAGAUUUUUAAUUAUUGAACAUAAGAAUUAGGGAUUUUUCCAGAACUCAAAAGGGUCAACAGCUCUCUAGAAAUUUGGGCCAUGGCCAGAGGAGUCUGAUAUUUGGGGGUUGGUCCGGGAUCCUCAAAGCCCAGUUCUGGCUCAUUCAUCAGGACUGAUGGGGGGUGGUCAGGCUGAAGGAUGAUUCUUCCCCUCUACCCCAGUCCCCCAAGAGGGCACAUUUUCUCUUUCCGAGCUCUCUGGAUAAAUCCCUAAGCAAUGUUAUUCCUCAAAUGUCAUUAAUAAUGUGUGUUGCGAACUUUAGGAGUUUUUUGUUUGUUUGUUUCUUUUCUGAAGGUUUAUUUUCUCUUGGAACCAACCAAGCCCUAGUUACAUAGCGUAGAGCUCACUGGUCAUUGCCGACACCCUAGUGGAAUGUAGCACUCUACACUCUUUGUUUUCUGCUUUGUGUUCAACUCCAACGAUACCAAUAGACUAUUCCUCAGUGUAAUUGCACAAAAAAAAAAAAAAAGUGAUAUGACAUAGGCAAGUAACCAAUGUGGUGGUCCAGACGUGUGCGCGUGAGCGAGCGCGUGUGGGUGCGUGUGCGGCCGCCGCCCUCCCGUGUGUCCCUGGGCCCGCCGCCAGCACAGCUCCCGCACUCUCGACUUUACACCAUUCCCUCCUAGUGCCUUACCGACGACAGACGCGCGUGAGGGUUUACUUCCAUGGUACUCCAAGAAGCUGACGGAAGCCAGCCAGAGCAUCUCGGCUCUUCCUUUGUGCUGUUGUAACGUUUCACUCUGGUCUUUCCUUUUUUUCAUUUUCUUUUGUUAAGUUUAAGUUAGUUUGAUUUCUAUACCUGUUGUCUCUCUUGGGCCGUUUGCUAGCAGAAGGACAUCAGGGGGCUGGCAGGGCUAGAGAGCCCACGGAGCUUGAGAGGGACAUGAGAGAUGGGUGGUCGAGGUUGAACCUCAUGGCAGUGAUGGUUUCAGCUGACUUUUGAGAGACUCCCCAGCCCACUCUGCCCCCAGUUCUACCUGUGCGGUCGGCUCUGCCAUUGGUGGAACCAGAGAUGGGAACGCUGGCCUUGCCAGGUGGCUGCCUCCUUCCUGGUGUGGAAGGGACAGAGGGGAGGAGGCCACCUCCAGCCCCCAGGCCUGGCACACCCUUCCCGCCGCUGUCCGCGGGCUGGAGAGGGGGCCUGGUCCCCAGCCGUGUCCUCAGACUCACCCCGUGCUUCACUGUAAGCCCUGCCCCUCUCUCCUCUGUUCCCUGGCCGUGAUGCGCCCUCAGUCUUGCCAGAUCCUUCCCUCUGUAGAAACCGUCAACCCUUGUUCACUGCCAAGUCUUUCCUCACAUUACCCAGAUCUACCCACGGCAUGACUUUGUUUUGGUUUUCAAGGGCUCUGGUGGGCAGAAGGUUGGAGGGAUACUUAUGAGGGUGAUGGGGGUCUUACACUGCACCUUGGAAAACACUCCCACCGCCAGUUACGUUUCCAAAGAAAUACACCCUUUGCCCUCUCGCACUGCUGACAUAUUCUGGGAGUUGUCUCAGGCUUUGAACCUGCUGGGUGGAGGGUCUCUCCAUUCACAGUAAAUGAUGCUUAGCAACAUGAAGGUUGGGAGACUGUCAGGUCCUAGAUGGGGCUUUAAAAGGUGGUCCUGAUUGUUUGAUUCUUAAUGCUGAGUCCUUAACUGACCCCAAAGCCAUGUUUCCAGGGUGCAAAGAGGUGGCUCCCAAUUUUGGCACCCCGCCUCCUCUCCCGCUGCCUCCCUCACUCCUCAGCCUCCCUUGAUGAUUUACUGUGAAAGGUGUUUUUAUAGUGAUGUCCGACCUAAUUCAGUGAGGAAGCCACACCGUUUCCUUAGCUCUUAGCUGUGAAAUGUGAAAUAACUCUGGAAAUGUCCCCUCCCCGACCAGAAGUCCUACUUCUCUUACAAAGAACUCUGUCCCCAAACUGGAAGCAGCUUAGUCCAGGCCUUAGGCUGGAAGGAAGGACACUGUGACCCGCUCAAGGCGGAGCACACUUGGGCAGCCCCCCAUGUACCCAGUGGGAGAAGAUGGGGCGAGAUGCUUUUAUCGUGGUGCCAUGAUCAAUAGUCUGUGUCCGGAAGUGGGGAAGUGCCGCCGUUCUGAGACAGAGAGGGUGGGGGAGCCAAGUGGAGACGGACACAGGAGCCAGAGCCCUCCCGGGGCCACGCCAGCCUGGAAAUCCUGUCCGCCCCAGACUUUGGGCAGCCAGAUGGCAGCAGUGCCCCCGCCCCGCCCCCCCCAGACCCUCUCAUGCCCAGUCACACACGUCUUGGCUGCAAAUGAGCCUCUGUUUGCCUUAGUGGGUAGCAUCCUAGAUCCAUUUGCACAGUUCACUUCCAACCCUUUCUACAUCUGAUCCUUUAUGGGAAAAGACAACAUAGCCUUCCAUUUUAAAGAAAAUAAUUUCGUCUACUAAGUUGGAAGUCUCACUCCUUGACCUGACAUUUUCUUUCCUUUUCUUCCAGAUCAGGAAUGAAAGUUCCAUGCUGCUCAUAAAGAUAAUAUUAUUGUACUAAUUGUUUUGGUUCAUACCGUUGUGAUUAUUAUCAUUAUUAUCAUCGUGUUGAUAUUUUAGUUGGGGUUUGAAAUGCACAUUUAUUCCACGUAUCUUUGUGUUUUCUCUUUAAUAUUUAAACUUAUUUUAUUAUAUCUGUGAGUAUAUGAGUAGACGGGGGGACAUACGGAUGUACGGUUUUGUCAGACAGAAAAAAAAAAAGGAAAGACCCAGGAAUUAGGAAAGUGAUCUCUGUCAUCUCUGUCAAGAAAGAUCCAACACAGAACAAAAGUUUGAAAAACCCGGGACUUUUUCCCUGUCCAGGCCAGAUUGACAACACAGGCACCACCAAUAUUGUACUUUCCUAGAUUCUCAGUGGCCUGGGAAGAGGUCUGAAGAGGCAUCUCCCGGGCUGAACCCUGAGCCAUGGUCCUCUCCCGCAUUCCCUGUGCUCGCCUUGCUUCUGAAAUCUGCUAACUGCACCCUUGGCCUGCCUCACGUCUGCUUUUUACCUGUCAAGCAAAACAAAAACAAAAACCCUCUCCCCAGAGCUGACCCAGCCCCUUUCCGAAAUGUCCUCCCAUCUCCCGUCCCAUGCGCCAGGAACGUGGCUUACAUCCUUCAGAGCAGGGACAGUUGUCCCCUCCUAGAAGCCACUGGGUGUAAUAAGCUGACGUAGGGGUACCAGGCAGGCGGUACCGUCCCCUGGGCAAUUUCAGCCUCACUUGGCCGCCUUCCUCUCACUAACCACACUGCCCACUUCUUCCGUCUCCCCCUUGCCCCCAAAGCAUCUUCUCAGCACACAAUUCUAGGGACAAACUAAGGAGCCUACAAGAGGAGGAUGGAUGGUAGGAGGCCAGAGGACACUGACAAGGUCCUGCAGGCCGCAGCCCCCCUGAAAUCAUUGGCCAAAAAGGGGCACAGUGGGGUCUCGUGACCAUCCCCAUUGGGCUCCAACUGCACCCCUCAGUGCACUGCACUGUGUGUGAUGGGCUUUUUAAAUCAGCUUGAGGUGUCCACACACUGCCCAGCAAACCCAGAAAACGACAGACCCCAGAUGAAGAAAGGGGUGAAAUGGCUGGCUUCGCUGAAAGGGAGGCAGCAGCUUACAGAGGGAGAUGUCGCGUGGUCCCCAAUCCCGCAACCGUGAGUGCACCCUCCCCUCGUCCCCGCCUGUCUUCCUCUUCCAGGCCCAGGCACAGAGCUGUGGGCUUGAAACCCCCGGUAAGACAGGCCAGCCUCUGCAUGUGCUCGUUAGCACUUGCCUGAAUCUCCCAUCCUGUCCUCCAACCCUGCGUCACCCUGGCAAACAGGAUGAAUAAAAGGCUGCCCAUCCCUAGAACCAAGCUCUCACGUAGAGGGAUGCCAACCUAGUCUUUCAUUAGCCCUCAAAUAACCUAGAGCAUCACCUGUUCUUUAAUUGGCUCCAUCCUUCUUUGCUAAAGAAACAUCCUUAGUGUAAAGGGAAGAUUUCCAAGGACAGGUCAAGGAGAGCCAUACGGUUUGGAGCACGAGGAACCAAAGGUUGAUGGGCUUCUGCUCUGCGGGUCGGUGCCAACCCGUCUGGGUGUUCGCACCCGUGUCUCUGCGCUUAGGGCCUCUUUCAUGAUGUUUUAGCUGUUUCCAAGGGAAGGGGUGAGCAGGCCGAUGGGUGGGAGAGUCUGAGGCUCGAUGCCAGUUACUACUGUGAAGUGGGGCAUGUGGCUGAUGGAAUUCUGAGGGCAAAGAAGGGUUGAGGCAAACCGACGGUUGUCUCCUGGACUGUAUUUGCAUUCUGGCCUUACUGGCGGCUGAGUGGCUUGCAGGCUGUGGGAGCCCGCUGGCCUUGUCCUCUGCACCCUGGAAGACUCAACCUGCCCGGACACCAGAUUGUUGGAUGUGAGGAAGGGAAGGAGAGCGUAGCACAGCUGCUAACAGGCUGAUUUCCCUUGACCAGACCUUUAGAAUUGCAAACACUCAUUUUUGAACAAGCUUGUGGCGGAGGAUUUGGGUUGUGUGAGUGUGUGUGCGUGAGUGGAGCAGACUUUCUUGGAAACUGGAGGAAGGAGAUGAGGAGGCUUAAGGAGCUUAUUAAUGAUGGGCUGUGGUUGAUGAAGCGAGAUGCAUCCACAGGCUGACUCCAGCUUUCAUUCCAGAUUCUCUGUCUGGUGCUGGGGCCACGGCGGGGUUGUGGGGCUCUUGCUGGCCUGCCCAGUAGUUGCUAGGACAGAAGAAGAUAACCAGGAGCCCUCGAGAGAAUUCAGCAGAGAGGCAAGGAUCCGUUCCGCAGGCCUCGCCUGGGCCUUUGCAUCGCCAGCAUAAGCGAUUUUGCCGUGACGCAUUCCAGCCCCAGGGCCUUUGCGUGCUUCUGGCCUGUCUCUGCCUUUUCUUUCUGGUGAAUCUUACAGAGUUCAGAUGGGGAGCCCUCCAAAUUGAGCAGGCCAGAGAAGUCCUUACCAAAUUGGAAAGGAAGGUGAACCUGUUCCUUUCGUUAGCCAAAGAACCUUUCUCAAAGACACCUCCAAAUACAGACAAAAUAGCGUUCAUCCCUCUCUUUCCUUUCUGGGCAAUAAUGACAUCAGUUUUCAGUAUCCUUCUCUUUCCACUUACUCCUGACUUGUAUUUUUUUUUUAUUGCAUUUCUUUCAAAACUGUACUCAUCUUUUAAGAGAAGUGGAGACUGUAACCCUAACACUGCUGCUAUUGGGAGGCUGUGUGGGCUUCACUGAUCGCGUGUUACCAUGGGUGUGACCGAAGCAGAGUCGCCGUGCAGUGCGGCCGCGUCGUGUUCAGGUGCGCGCUGGAGCUGGGCUUGGGGGUCAGUGCUUGUCCACUUUGAUGCCUUUGGACGCUCACGUCUAAUCUCUAUCCACUAGAUGCUGUAAAAUCUUAGUCAGGCUGCUAGAGAAUUGAAGGUGGUGAAAUGACAUUUAAAUGCAAUAGAAACCUUUGGAAGGUUUUUGGUGCCACUGCUCAGUAGAGGAAACCCAACCUAGUGGAGGCUUCUCAGCAUCUUGCUUGCAGCUUUCAGAAGUUCAGGAGAGCCAGCCCCGAGCCAGUCUUUCCCUUCAGACUCUGAGACUUUCCAAAGAAGUGACCCUCGGCAGGGCACACUUUCUCAGGAUACCCGUACCAGCGGGACCUUCCUGAGGCUCCCCCAAGCCUUUGAGAGCCCCUAAUCUCAGCCCCUGCAUUCGAACAUUAUGUUGACUAUCUCUUAUUUGGUGAAACUUUCAGUGUCCCUCGAAUAAGUGAUAGCCAACAGUUGUUGAGUGCUUUCGAUACGCCAGGCCCCGUGCCAGGCCCUGUGUGAGGGUGACCUCAUGCAUCCCUCAGAGUCACCCCAUUUAUGAUGAGGAAACGGACACCCUAAGAGAGUAGCAAGAAAACGUAAUGACGGUCUGAAAUCUCCACAGUUCCAGUGAAAUUUUUGUUAAUGAGGCCUUCACUGAGAGAUGAUUUUCUGUUUUAAUUAGCAACGCACGGCUUCCUGUUUCUGACAAACCAUUUAACGAUACUCCUGUUGGCUGUGUACCAAGCACGGUGCUAAAAUUUGUCCAUGGACCAUAUUGUUUAAUUUAGUCUUCAUAAAAACCCUAGGAAAUCAGCAAUAUUAUGAGUCUUUUACACAUGAGCCGGCUGGCUUGGAGAGCUGGUGACCUGCCCAGGGGCACGCAGCUAGUAAGGGAGCCAGGCCUCGAACUUGGGUCUGCCCAGCCUCAGACGGAGCUCCUAGCCACCAGCCUCGGCUGUCUCCUGACAAAGAGAGGCCUUGAAGGAAUGUCUCCGUGUGCCAACCCUGCUCGUGCGUGGAACUCGCGACAAGGUCUGUGUGGAGAGGGAGUCCCGAAUGGGGUGCCAGCAGAAAGGGCAGAAUGAGUGUGACUUUUUAAAGAAAAAUCGUAGGAGAGUUUCUUCUGGUUCACGUAGAAUUCAUUUUAGAUUCCUUUCCAGUGUACCAACUAGCUUUAGUAGUGCUGCUAACAGACUCUUAUGAGAGUGAAGAAAAAAAAAAGUGUUCUUUUCCUUCUCUUAAAAAAAAAUAAUAAUUUUUUCUUGCUUAUAGUUAAUUCUAGAAAGGCAAUACUAAAGGUAUAUAUUUUUUUCAAAAUGCUAUUUUUUACUGCACUGAUAAAUAUCAUGACAACUCUGGUCUCUGUAAUCAAUCCACCCUUCAGCUCUGGGUAGAACCAGGUGCGGGAUUCACACCAAAUUUGUAAAUACCGUGUGUGGGUCUGGUGUCCAGGAACUUUUUUUGUUGUGUAAAAAAAAAAAAAAAAAGAGGAG